GAAACCUCAGACCAUUUUCUCCAACUUUCUUGUGAUAUUGAAAGUCUACCUAGGGUUUCGCGGAAACUGAAGUUGCUGUCUUUAUUAUCAUUCUCUUUCAUUAUUUUUUUGGACCAAAUUUGUUUACAUGGAGGAUUGAGACUUGUGUACUUGACGAUUGUUGCUUUUGAAAAAAAUGGAAGGUUACUAUGUGAUUUUCUUAUUUACUACAAGAAGAACAAGAGAAACAUCGAUCUUAUAAUAUUAUGGCCACUGAGAGUCCAAUAAGAAUGUCUGAAACUAGUGGAAAGUGGGCCUCCCAUAGAAGGGCCUCAACCUUUGCUCAGUCGUCUGCUGGUAUGGCAGCAGAGGAGUUAAAGUUACUGCUGAAAGGCCACAGGUUUACAGGCAGUGGAAAAGAUGUAGCUCCUAGUCGAAGUGGAAGUGCACCUCCAAGUAUAGAGGGUUCAUUUUUAUCUGUCCAUAAUAUUUUUUCCCAGCAGAACUCUCAAACAAGUGAAAACAUGGCAAGUGUAAAUAUUGAUAUCGGAAAUUAUGAGUCUGAGGAACAUUUACGUGCUGAUCCUGCUUAUUUUUCUUAUUACUGCUCCAAUGUAAACCUGAACCCUAGACUUCCUCCCCCACUUAUUUCUUGGGAGAAUCAGCGGCUAGUACGUCACAUUGGUACUAUUGGAAAAAAUUGGGGAUUAACUUCUGUAGAUGAUAGUGGGAAUGUUUCCUUUCACUUGUCUCAAGGAUCUCUUCCUACACACAAAGAAGAGCCAGAAGAUGAUCAUUCACCCCAACAGCCUUCUAAUAGUGGGGUUAAUAGAGUGGGUGAAAUGUGGUCCGGACAGGGUACUACUUCAUUGGCGGACCAGCACAAAAUUGCAGCCAAUUUAUCGCAGGAUGAUUUCCGCAGUUCUUCAUCGCCUGAAUAUGUUUCAAGCCGUGGAAUAACUGAGGAAUCAGCUGUUUGUGAUGCUGGUUCUAGUUCCUUGUAUGACUCUCCCAUUAGAACACCCAAUGUCAAUGCGUCUAAUCUGGGAACAGAUGAUGCGACUGAUACUGACCGCUCCCUCGCUCCUGUUCCAAGUUCAUCAUCAGUUGACUCUACCAGAAGUGUAGGUGGUGAUGAAUCAGGUAUUAACAUCAUCGGUUCUGAGAUGAAGGCUCUUUCCAUUUCUAAUUUUCCCACUUCCAGUAAUCAAGUAAACCGAGAACAGUGGCAGCAAAGCUGCCAGAAUAAUUUAUGGCAACAGAAGAUAAAACUGCAAAAUAAUUUAUGUCUGCCCCAAAGUGCUAAAUCUCAAAUAACGACUCAAGGAUUUAAUUGCACCCAUAAUGGUGUGGAUCAAAAUCUCCGCAGUCCCAAGUUCUCAGCAGAGGUACAGCCUGUACUGCAGUCAUCUGGGUUCACACCACCACUUUAUGCAUCUGCAGCUGCCUACAUGGCUUCAACAAACCCAUUUUACUCAAAUCUGCAGGCAUCUGGAUUUUUCAAUGCUCAAUUUGUUGGUGGAUAUGCUGUGAACCCCAAUGCUUUUCAUUCAUAUGUUUCUGGAUACCCUCCUGGGCAUGUUCCGUUGGUUGUUGAUGGAACUGCAGGUCCAAGCUUUAAUACUAGGACAACUGGGGUUCCAACUGUUGGUGCCAUUCCACCUGGUGCAGAUGUUCCAAACUUAAAUAAGUUUUAUGGGCAGAUUGGAUUCCCAAUGCAAACUUCUUUUGUUGAUCCCAUGUAUAUGCAAUAUCAUCAACAGCCUUUUGGAGAACCAUAUGGUAUUCCCGGUCCAUUCGAUCCGUUGGCAGCAAGAUCUGGUGUUGUUGGAGGUCUGGUAAACACGCCUGAUAUGAAGAAUGGGUUAGAUAAUGCUGUUUAUAUGGAUGAGCACAAAAUCCAACAUCAGAGAGGUGCAUCUCAUGCUAAUUUAAAUCCACGAAGAGGAGGGCCAACGAGUCCACAUUAUUUUGGAAAUACAUCCAAUGUUGGUGUUUUGAUGCAUUACCCAACCUCACCCCUUGCAAGUCCAGUUUUGCCUGGAUCACCAGGAGGUGGAGCUGGUCUCCCUCGGGGGAGAGCAGAAAUGAGAUUUCCGCCAGGUAUUGGUAGAAAUGCAGGCAUGUAUUCUGGAUGGCCUGGGCAAAGAGGCUUUGAGAUUUUUGAUGACCCCAAGAUGUAUAAUUUCCUUGAAGAAUUGAAAUCUGGCAAGGGCCGCAGAUUUGAGCUAUCUGAUAUUACAGGACAUAUUGUUGAGUUCAGUUCUGAUCAACAUGGUAGCCGAUUUAUUCAGCAGAAGUUGGAGAAUUGUAGUGUUGAAGAGAAGGCAUCUGUGUUUAAAGAAGUUCUACCACAUGCAUCCAAGUUAAUGACUGAUGUUUUUGGCAAUUAUGUUAUUCAGAAGUUUUUUGAGUAUGGAAGUCAUGAUCAGAGGAAAGAACUUGCAAAUCAACUCACAGGGCAGAUACUGCCUUUAAGUCUGCAAAUGUAUGGAUGUCGGGUAAUUCAAAAGGCACUGGAAGUCAUUGAGCUUGAACAGAAAGCCCAGCUUGUUCGUGAGCUUGAUGGACAUGUAAUGAGAUGUGUUCGAGAUCAAAACGGGAACCAUGUGAUACAAAAAUGCAUUGAGAGCAUUCCAACAGAAAAAAUUGGGUUUAUAAUCUCUGCAUUCCGUGGACAAGUUGCAACACUUUCCAUGCAUCCUUAUGGCUGCCGUGUGAUACAGAGAGUUCUGGAGCAUUGCACAGAUGAGUUGCAAUGUCAGUUCAUUGUCGAUGAAAUUUUGGAAUCUGUAUGUGCUCUGGCUCAGGAUCAAUACGGAAAUUAUGUGACUCAGCAUGUUUUGGAGAAGGGAAAAGCUCACGAAAGAAGUCUAAUUAUUGGCAAGUUGUCAGGACAUGUUGUUCAUCUUAGUCAGCAUAAAUUUGCAUCAAAUGUUAUUGAAAAAUGCUUGGAGCAUGGUGGUCCUGCAGAUCGGGAUCUCUUAAUCAACGAGGUUGUCGGGCAUAACGAGGGAAAUGAUAAUUUGUUGACAAUGAUGAAGGAUCAGUAUGCAAAUUACGUGGUCCAGAAGACUCUUGAAAUCUGUACAGAUAGCCAACGAAUUGUAUUGCUGAAUGGCAUAAGAUCUCAUGCACAUGCAUUGAAGAAGUACACCUAUGGAAAACACAUUGUUGCUCGUUUCGAACAGGUUUUCGGAGAAGAAACUCAAACUUCAGCAACAUAAAAGAUGAUGCCAAGCCAACUAGGGAUUCAUCCAAGGCAGCCUGAAAUUUGCACCUGUGACAUGGGGAAGGAUAACUGAAGAUUUACUUCUGGUAAAUGGUAAUUGAAUUUAUUGUGAGACCUGUCCCAUGGAGGUUGCCGGUGUAAGCAGCCUGGCAGAAAAAGUUUACCUUGUUCAUCAGACGAACUCCUCCAAGUGUUUGAAGUUCAAUCACUGGAGGAAUUAGUAAAUAACUUGCAUUCUCUUUAGGAUUAUUGGUUUGAAAUAAUGAACUUGGGAAUAUAUUUGGAAGGAAACCCUUCCCUGGUCUUGUAAAUUAAAUUUGAUUCCAUUCCACAAAAUUUUUUAAUGCU